AUGUCGGGUUUCAAGAUUGAACUCAGCAAGGUCGCGACCCGCGAGGGCCUCGUCGAGCUGAACGAAUACCUUGCCGACCACAGCUUCGUGGGCGGUGCGAAGGCUCCCUCCACCGACGAUCUUGCCGUAUUCCGCAAACUCGGCAAGUCCCCGGGCGCCGAGGAGUUCGCACACGUUGACAGGUGGUACCGUCACGUCAGCACCUGGGCCCAGAGUCCCCCCGCUGACCUCGCCAAGGGCUCCCUCCCUGUGGAAGCAGAGAAGAAGUCUGACGACAUCGACUUGUUCGGCGACGAUGACGAGGAGGAGGAUGACGCCAUGAAGAAGAAGAUGGAGGCUAUGAAGGCAAGCAAGGGUAAGAAGCGUGAGGCCGCCAAGUCGUCGCUCGUCAUCCACAUCGAGCCCGCCAGCGUCGAUACCGACCUCGACGAGGUGUUGCGCUUGGUCAAGAACAUUAGGAUUGAGGGUGUGACAUGGGGUGAGGCCUCUGCCAAGAUCCCGCUUGCCUACGGUAUCCAGAAGUUGCAGGUGUCGUGCACCAUCUUGGACGACAUUGUCAACACCAACGAGAUCACCGACAUGAUUGAGGAGCUCGGCCUCACUGAGGCUCAGAAGGAGGAGCGCCGCCUCAAGCAGGAGGGUGCCGAUGACGACGACGACUCCGACUACGGUUCCGAUGAUGACAGCGACGAUGAGGUCGUCGGUUUGGUCCAGACCGCCAACAUCGUCUCCUUCAACAAGCUUUGA